AUGGGUUCGGAGCAGAAGCCGCACGUGGUGUUCGUGCCGUUCCCGGCGCACGGCCACGUCGCGCCGCACACGCAGCUCGCGCGCGUCCUCCACGCCCGCGGCUUCCGCGUCACGCUCGUCCACACCGAGCUGCACCACCGCCGCCUCCUGCUCGCCAAGGGCGCCGACGCGUCCGCGGCCGCCGCGCCGUGGCUCGGCGUCGAGGUCAUUCCCGACGGGCUGUCGCUGGAGGCGCCGCCGCGGACGCUGGAGGCGCACCAUGACGCGCUGGAGCAGAACUGCCUCGAGCCGUUCAAGGAGCUGCUGCGCGCGAUGGCGCGCAGGCCCGGCGCGCCCCCCGUGAGCUGCGUCGUGGUGGACGCGCCCAUGUCGUUCGCUUCCAUGGCGGCGCGGGACGUCGGCGUCCCCGACGUGACGUUCUUCACGGCGUCCGCGGCCGGGCUCAUGGGGUACAUGCGGUUCGAGGAGCUGGUGAAGAGGGGCCUCGUCCCGCUGAAGGGAGCCGGGUACAAGACGGACGGCAGCCUCGACGCCCCGUUGGACUGGGUGCCAGGGAUGAAGGGCAUGCGGCUCAGGGACAUGCCGACCUUCUGCCACACGACGGACGCCGACAGCGCGCUGAUGCGCAUCCACCUCCACCAGAUGCGCGUCGUCGCCGGAUCCAAGGCCGUCAUCAUCAACACGUUCCACGACAUGGAGAAGGACGUCGUCGACGCGCUCGCCGCCUUCCUCCCGCCCGUCUACACCGUCGGCCCUCUCUCCAGCAUCGUACCGUCGCUCCUGGCGGGAGGCGGCGACUUCUCGAGCUCCACGGACACGCCGAGCCUCUUUCAGGAGGACACGGAGUGCAUGGCGUGGCUGGACGGGAAAGAGGCCCGCUCCGUUGUGUACAUGAGCUACGGGAGCCACGCCGCCGCGGGCGCCGACAAGAUAAAGGAGUUCGCGUCCGGGCUGGCGAGGUGCGGCUCUCCCUACCUGUGGAUUCUGCGGUCCGACCUGGCGGCCGGCGUUGAGGUCGGGGAGAACGGGCUCGUCGUGCCUUGGUGUGCCCAGGAGGCGGUCCUUGCCCACCCAGCCGUGGGGCUUUUUGUUACGCACUGUGGGUGGAACUCGAUCUUGGAGACCGUGAUCGGGGGGGUGCCGGUGCUCGGUUGGCCGAUGGUAUCCGAGCAGACGACCAACUGCCGGCAGGUAAGCACGGCGUGGAACAUCGGAGCGGAGCUGCCGCAGGAGGCGAGGGGCGAUGAGAUAGCCGCACUGGUGAGGGAGAUGAUGGCCGGGAGGAAGGGGAUGGAGGCCAGGGAGAAGACGUUGGAGUGGAAGAGGCUCGCUGAAGAUGCUACCAAAGAAGGGGGCUCGUCCUCUGCUAACCUUGAUAGGUUCGUUGAGGAUGUGCUGCUCAAGGGGUUAUGA